AGUCUUUAUCCCAUAAAUAUUAAAUGAGCGAAUUAAUAAUUGCUUAAGAAAUCAGAGAAUGAACGGACGAAGAGAGGUAGUUAGGAACCAGGCUUUGCAUCCAGACCGACCCGGCUGCGCCAGCGAACCGGGUUUCCACAGGUGCCUCACGCGAAGCUCACUUUAACAGGGUCGACGGAGAAGAUGCGAAUAUUUACAACGGUGACGACACCGAAGGCACCGCCGAAGAGGGAGGCAAAGCGGAAGAGGCGCGGCCGGAAGCGGAAGGGCGGCAAGGCGUGAGCGGCGUCUCAGUUGCCAUGGAGACGGGGAGAGCAGGGGACCGGUUGUCUGCAGAGUCCGGGUCCUGCGCGUUCGGGGGCGCGACGUGGACGCCCGCCUCGCGUCAGGCCCGGGUCCGCAGCCCCAGCGAGUCCACCCGUCUGUCCUCGGUCGCCUGCUCCGAAGCCUCUCACUACGGCUUUGGGGGCCGGGCCCGCCGCGCGGGGCCCACCGCGCUCCGGCCGCUCCCCGAGCCGCCACUGCUGCGUCUGCGCCCCACCUCGCUGCGCACCCAAGACAUCUCGCACUUGCUCACCGGCCUCUUCCGCAGCUUGUACACCAACGAGGUGAUCGGCGAGGACCUGAGCGCGAACUUGAUCAAGGCCCGCGGCAGCCAGGAUGCGCGCCACGAGGAAUUCGUGGACGAGCUUCGGCGGAUUCGGGAGCUCUACAAGCAGCGGCUGGAUGAAAUUGAAAUGUUGGAGAGACAUAUCAUUCAGGGCCGUGCACGAGCUCUUGCAGAGAAAGAACGGAUCAUGCAACAGGCCGAUGUGCGUGCCCAGGAGACCUUCAUCAAGAUCCCUCCAGUGAAGUCUAUCUUCAGAUGGUGUGUGGACAGUGUGUUGCUACAGAAGCAUCAUUUGAUCUGCCCGGAUGAUUACUACAGUGAUACCGUACCAUUUUGCUCUGCACCUAAAGGCGUCUCUGUCCCUGGAUGUUCAAAACUCACAUUCAGUUGUGAGAAGCGUUCUGUCCCAAAGAAGCACCUGACCAAGAAGCUUGAAGAUCCCUGCAGGAAGAUGCUCACUAAGUCUGACGAGGAGCUGGACUACACUGUGGACAGCCUGACAUGGGACUCAUCUUUAGAGGCCAAGCGCAAGACUGUCCAAAAAACAGGUCCGCCCAAGAAUAAGAAUUGGAUGAACCACUUACCUGUGCCCCAGAGAGAACUGGAGCGACUUCUGCUUGCCAGAAUGGACAAUCGGAUCCGCUUCCUUAAAAACCCCCGGUUUUUCCCUCCUAACACGCCACGUGGAGGCACGUCUCUCCUCUUUCCUCCGAAGAAGCCAGUGCUGACAGGACACCUCCAGAGUGGAGAGCCAGUGGAGAGUUGUGCUGAUACUCCAGUGUUUCUUGCUAAACCAUCAAUCGCAUUUUUCACAGAUUAUGAAGUUGGGCCAGUUUAUGAGAUGGCGAUCUCGCUACAGAACACCACCGCGGCCAGCCGCUGCCUGAGAGUCAUCCCGCCGUCGACGCCGUACUUCGCGCUGGGAUUGGGGAUGUUCCCAGGAAAAGGCGGAAUGGUGGCCCCUGGGAUGACCUGCCAGUAUAUCGUCCAGUUUUCUCCCGACUGCCUUGGGGAUUUUGAUGAUUUCAUUUUAGUUGAGACCCAGUCAGCCCACACGCUCGUGAUCCCCCUGCAAGCCCGGAGGCCACCCCCAGUGCUGACAUUGUCACCGGUAUUGGACUGUGGCUACUGCCUCAUCGGGGGAAUGAAGAUAACCAGGUUCCUGUGCAAAAACGUGGGCUUCAGCGUCGGCAAGUUCUGCAUCAUGCCUAAAAAGAGCUGGCCGCCACUGAGCUUCAGGGCUGUCGCAACCUUGGGCUUCGUUGAGCAACCUCCCUUUGGAAUCCUGCCUUCCAUGUUUGAGCUGGCUCCGGGGCAGGCCGUGUAUGUGGAGGUCUUGUUCCUCCCGACAAGCCUGGAAAAGGCGGAGCAGACCUUCAUCAUUGUGUGCGACAACUGCCAGAUAAAGGAGCUGGUGACCGUAGGAAUUGGGCAGCUGGUUGCUUUGGAUCUGAUCUAUAUUUCUGGUGAAGAAAGUCAGCCGGAGCCUGGAGAGCUUACAGACCUAACAGCCCAGCACUUCGUACGCUUUGAGCCGGAGAACGUUCAGUCCACAGCUAGAAAACAGCUCAUUAUCAGAAACGCGACGCACGCGGAGCUGGCCUUCCAUUGGCAGAUCACGAAGCCGAACCUGCAGCCCCUAAUGCCUGGAGAGACCUACAGCAUGGACAGCCUCAAGCACCACCCUGACAGGGAGACGGCCUUCUCCGUCCUGCCCGAGAGGGGGGUUCUCAGCCCCCACACGGACCACGAGUUCAUCCUGAGCUUCUCUCCUCGUGAGCUGAGGGAUUGUCACAGUGUGCUCCAGAUGGUGCUAGAAGAAGUCCCAGAGCCCACGAGCUUGGAAUUGGAAACCCUGAAGGAUUGCUCAUGCUCUGCGGAUGACGUCAUUGUCCUGGAAAUCGAGGUGAAAGGCUCGGUAGAACCUUUCCAGGUCCUCUUGGAACCGUAUGCCCUCAUCAUCCCCGGGGAGAACUACAUUGGUAUAAACGUGAAGAAAGAUUUUAAGAUGUGGAACAACAGCAAGUCCCCCGUCAGAUACCUGUGGGGGAAGGUCAGUGACUGCCACAUCAUUGAAGUGGAACCCUGCGCAGGGACCAUAGAGCCCAACGAGGUGGAGGAUUUCGAGUUGAGCUUUACCGGGGGCGUCCCUGGCCCAACAAGCCAGGACCUGCCGUGUGAAAUCCAAAACUCACCCUCACCGGUGGUGUUACACAUUGAGGCGGCCUUUAAGGGGCCGGCCCUUGUCAUCAAAGCCUCAGCCCUUCAGUUUGGUUUGCUACGCCUGGGGCAGAAAGCCACCGACUCCAUCCAGAUCCAGAACGUCAGCCAGCUCCCAGCCACGUGGUGCAUGAAGGAGAGCCUGGUGUGCCUCCAAGAAAGGCAGGAGAGUGUGUCUCCCUUCGACAUUGAGCCCUCGAGCGGCCAGAUCCCUGCUCUGGGGGAGUGCAGGGUGACCAUCACCUUGGAGGCCAAGCAGUGCCAGCGCCUGCAGACCGUCCUGGAGCUGGAGGUGGUAAACGGAGCCUGGAGCCACCUUCCUGUGUACGCCGACGUACAGGAGCCCUACGUGUACCUGCAAAACAGCCACGUGGAAGUCAGCAACCUCUACCUGGGCGUGCCCACCAAGGCAACCAUUAGACUCAUCAAUGGCACACUCCUGCCCACCCGCUUCCACUGGGGCAAGCUGCUGGGGCACCAAGCAGACUUCUGCACGGCCAAGGUCUCCCCGAGACGUGGCACGCUGGGUCCCAGUGAGGAGCGCCAGCUCAGCCUGGAGUUCACUGCUCACACCCAGGACGAGCUGAGCCAUCUGGCCCUCCCUUGUACCGUGUCGGGCAUGAAGGAGCCAGUGGUCCUGGGCAUUUCUGGGAAACCCCAGGGACUGCAAGUGGCUAUUGCCAUCUCUGCGGAGGGCUCUGACGGCAGCACAGAGCUGUGGCCGGACCACCUGCAGGAGCUCCGCCUCGACUUUGGCUCCGCGGUGCCUCUGAGGACCCGCGUGAACCGCCAGCUCAUCCUGACCAACCGCUCCCCGAUACAGACGCCCUUCACCCUCAAGUUUGAGUACUUCGGGGGCCCCCCAAACGGCCCGAAUCAGAAACCCAGCCUCCCCGACGUGCCCCCUGCCCUGCUGAAGACGUCGCGGAUUCGAGAACGCUUGGCCAAGCGAGAGCAGCUGAAUUUUAUGGAAAGCCUGUUGUCUCAUGGGAAAGGAGCUGCCUUCUUUCCCCACAUUUCCCAGGGCAUGCUGGGGGCCUACCAGCAGCUGCGCAUCGACAUCACGGGCUAUGCAAACAUGUGGGGCGAGUACUGGGACGACCUCAUCUGCACGGUGGGCGACCUGCCACCAACAGUCAUCCCGGUGCAUAUGGCGGUCGUGGGCUGCCCCAUCAGCUCCCUGAGGACCACUUACUAUACCACGGACCAGUUGCAGAAGGAGCCUGUCAUCAGGUUCGGCACCCAGGUCUCCGGAGGAGACACAGUCACCCGGGUCCUUCGCUUGAAUAACUCCAGCCCCUGUGAUAUCCGCCUGGACUGGGAGACCUACACUCCAGAAGACAGGGAGGACCGGCUGGUGGAGCUGCUGGUGUUUUAUGGGCCACCCUUCCCGCUGCGGGACCAAGCUGGAAAUGACCUCUUGUGCCCAGAGACCCCUGCAAGCAGCAGCUCCUUCUGGUCCCCAAGCUCCUCCGAUGAGUCAGACUCCAGCCGUGAAGCUGCCCAGUCUGCCGAGGGCUGCUCCAGGGUCAGCAACAGGGCCUCACGGAAGAUCGUCUCAGUCGUCCUCCGGGAGCACGACGGGGUGCCCUGUGGCCACCUGUACCGCGUCAGCCCCAAGCAGAUGGUGGUCCCCGCCGGCGGCAGCAGCAGCAUCUCUGUGUCCUUCACGCCCGUGCUGCUCGGCCCUGGUACCCGGCACAAAGUGGAGUGUGUCGGCUAUGCCCUGGGCUUCAUGAGCCUGGACGAUGAGGUGGCAAGAGAGCUUCCCGGGAGGCGGCGGCGCCUGCAGGACUUCGCCGUGGGAGCCCUGAGACUGGACCUGUGCAGCUCUGUGAGGCCCGCACAGCUGAGCGUGGAGCCGGACUACGGCGGUGGCACGGAGUUCUGGCACCAGGCCAGCGACCUCAUCCCCAAGCAGCCCUGUUCUGGGGUGCUGAGCGAGCUGGUGACCACCCACCGUCUGAAGCUGACCAACACCACAGAAAUCCCACAGUCCUUCCGGCUCCUGGUCUCCAGGCCCUUCUCUGUUGCUCAAGAUGGGGCCAGCCGCAGCCGCAGAGCUCCUGGCCGGGUGCAGGGGUGUGACGAGGAGCCGGCCACGGCCGGCCAGCCGCUGGUGCUCCGCCCGAAGGAGAACAUGCUGGUGAACGUGUCCUUCUCGCUGUCCCUGGAGCUGCUCUCCUAUCAGAAGCUCCCGGCGGACCAGAUGCUGCCCGGGGUGGACGUUCGGCGGCAUGCCAACGGAGAGAAGGAGAUGGUGUUCGCUCAGAACCUGCUCCUGGAGUACACCGACCAGCCCGCUCAGGUGGUGCCCCUGAAGGCCACCGUGGCCGUGCCCGAGCUGCAGCUCUCCACCAGCUGGGUGGACUUCGGGACCUGCUUUGUGAACCAGGCACGGGUCCGGGAGGUCUACCUCAUGAACCUGAGUGGCUGUCGGAGCUACUGGGCCGUGCUGAUGGGAGCAGUGAGCUGUACGAGUCCACACUGGCGGUGGAAGGUGUGCUUGGUGAGGCGGCUUGCACCCUGCGGCUCCGGGGCCAAGGCUCUUAUGAUGAGAGAUACAUGUCACCCCACCAGCUCUGAGGCUCUGCCCCCAGCUUCGGAAAUAAAACAUGACCCGGAGCUGGGGAACAGAUUUGCUGGGCAGACGUGCACGCUGAUGGACCUCCAAGCAGCUCCUGGGAUGGAAGGGACUCCCUUGCAGGGCAGGCCUCGCGUGCCCUCAGCACUAACGCAAAAGGCAGGAAGAAUGAGUACGCAGCUAGGCAAGAGGCAACACCACCAGCGGCCAGAACCGGCCCUUGGGAAAAACCACAACCACUAAGAUGAGAACACAUAUUUACUGUCUGAUGCAUAGCUCACCCCCCAGGACUUACACGGUGGCCUGGGUAACCUGGCAGAGAGCAGCCCUCUACCUCGGCCACACCUACACUGCGUCACCAGCGCUCACGUUAGUCCCCGUGUCUUGCUCUGCCCAGUGCUGCGGCCACCCCCAGAGCAGAACUAAAUGGUGCCUCUGGCCUGGGGCCUCACUCAGUUUCCAGGGUAUUCAAAGACAGCAGCGGCUCCCAUCCCGGUCCCGAUGCACAUGGACACCACCCCGUAUGCCCUGUGGACGCAAGAUGGAUUGUGUUUGCUGGGUGAAGGCACCAGGGCAGAGGCCUCAUCACCAAGCCCUCCCGGGUUCCCACCCGGCCCACCUAGGCCCGCGCACAGGGUGGCAGACCCUCGCUGCAGGCCCCGGCGCCCUUCCCCCUGGCCCUCAGGGCAGACCGGGGUCAUGGCCCUCUAGCCUCAGCGUGUGGGGGCCUGUACGCUUCCCCCUCAGCUACCCCACCCUGCGCAUCCACGUGACACCUCCAUGGGGGUCAGCCUCACCUCUUCCCGCGACGCUUUAGUUCGUUGAGGAGCGUGAUGACCUGUCGAGCUCCAGUGCAGCCCAGUGGGUGACCCAAGGCCACCGCACCCCCCAGAGGGUUCACCUUCUCGGGGGGGAGUCCUAGCUUCUCCACACAGUAGACAGCCUGGAGGGAGGCAGAGCAUCAGCUGUAGUUCCCUCCCCUCCCCCCACCGUGCACCCACUCGCCCCAGCUCCACUAGCCAGGGCCGGGACAGCCAUGGGAAAGAAAAGCUCACCUGGCUUGCAAAGGC